ACCUGCGCACAAACACACACGCACACAUGCAAAAGGGAAUGAUAUGAGGAGUGUUGCUAUGAAGAAGGUGGACUUAAAUGAAGGACAGCGCAGCAGAGACAAGUGGAGCGGAGGAGGGGGUGUCACACACACUGGGACAAGAACAUGACUUGAAGAUGAGCAGUCCUCCGGCUACUUCAGAAGAGACGGACUGUCCUCCCCCAGAGGAAUUAGAGUGUAAAAUCUGCUACCAGCGCUACAAUGCCAACAACAGGAAGCCUAAGAUUCUGGACUGCCUACAUCGGGUGUGCUCCCGAUGCCUCGUUAAGAUUCUGGACGUCACUGAUGGAGCGGGCUGCGUCCCCUGCCCCUUCUGCCGACACCAAACUGAAAUCACUGAGUACCAGGUCUCUGCCCUGCCUGAUGACGUCAACAUCAUGUCCCACCUGACAAUGCGAGAAAAGUCCUGCAGUUUGGACAAGAAGAGGGAGGUGGUCUUGACGCCAAAGAGUUUGUCCUCCACCAGCCCGUCCCAUGACUCCUCAAACUGCCUGGUCAUCACCAUCAUGGAGGUUCAGAGGGACUUGCAGCGCUCUCCAAGCCACAAUGGCAGCUCGGAUAUCUACGCCGACCAGAGCCUGGACUCUGUGUCAAUCGGUUCCAAUGGACCCACUGAUCAUGAUGCGCUUUCAAAGUUCUGCAAUCACGUCCCACGUAUCCUGGUGUGGCUACUUGGUUUCUUAUACUUUGGUUCGCUGCCCUUAGGAAUCUAUUUGUUAGUGAUCCAGAGAGUGACUCUAGGAAUCGUAUGUGUUAGCUUAGUGCCAUCGAGUCUGACAGUUUGCCUAGUGUAUGGGUUCUGUCAGUGCCUGUGUCAGGGCAUGUGUGACUGCUCUGCCCGGGGCUGAGAGUAUGGAAACCAGUGGACCGAAGGAUAAGGAUAAAAUAAGCUCCAGAAGUAAGAAAGCUAGGGUGAUAUCAUCCUCUUCACAGGGCUUAAUAGCACUCCUAGCAGGCAGCUGUCCUCUUGCAUAUAAAGGACCAUGCAGAAAGAAACAGAAACCUAUCUUUAGUGAUGUGCUCUGCUUUCUUCACGCCUACUGCUUCGAUAUCAGUUUGGUCAAGAGGAACAGAAUCACUGACAAGCUCAGCCUGCGACUGGAGCCUGCAGUAUACCUACAGUCCUGUGAUGUACGUCUCUGUGUAUGUGCCUGAGUUGUUCCGUGUUGUGAAUAUGAGCUGGUCUUACAGACUUUUAGAGCAGGCACUCGAUAUUUCACGCAAGCAGAUUUAGGAGGAAAUUACAUAACCAUACAUUGCGGAAGUAUUGAUACUAACUGAGUUUGUCUCAUUUAGAAGUUUGUUGAAGCUUCAACAAACUUCAGUGUUUCACCUUUUUAGAAGAAUGAGAACACUUAACUUACAGUCAGAAUUGCAACCACAGAAUCAAUUUAAGCAUGUUAAAAUGAUUGACUCACAGACACACUAUGUCUAAUCUGACUUAGCUUGAGCUAUUUUGCAAAGUAGAGUAUGCAAAACAAAUUAAGGGUCCUGAUGUGGAAAGCACUUGCAGCUUUAAUUCCAGCAACAAGCAUUGCCAGAGGGGGUGAAUAGAAAAUGUUUUGAAAAAGAGUUUGAUAAGCAUGUAUUUUUUCCUUCCACUGCACAAACAUGGUCAACUUGGUGUUGGUCUAUAUAACAUGAAAUGCAAAUGAAGUACAUUGCGGUUUGUUUUUGUAACUUGGCAAAAUGUGGAAAAACUUUAAGAAGUAUGAGUGCUUUUACGAGACAAACAUUAAAAUUAGAGAACAUCAAAUCCUGUGAAAAAGGGGAGUUACAUAUGCGGCACAAUCAAAAAAGUUUAAUUUUCCAAAAUGUACUUGUAUAAAUGAUAUAAAUGAUUGGUACAUAUGGUUCUGCUAUAACUGCUUCAACAAUGGUAUUGGUCAAUGUUAGUCAUUUUGUUUAACUGAAGCAGAGACUCAAUAUCAUGGUGGUCAUCUCACAAAGGUUAAAGAAAACAUCUGUAAUAUCAGUAAAUAUCGCUGAUUGCCAUAACAGGAAUUUUAAUAUCGGAUAUUGAUAUUGGCCCAAAUUUUCAUAUCAGUACAUUUCUAAUUCUAAGAUUUGCAUACAGACUACAUAAGACUACAUAAGCUACAGGUUUGUUUAAUGUAACUCAUAUACUUUCCAAUCAGUUCUGUCUGGAGUUAAAAUUUGUAUGUUUAUCAUUGAAUGAUUAUCCAAAAGGUGUUUUUUUUUAAUAACCCAAUGUAUUGUCAAAUUUGUAUUCAAGACAUUGUGAACUGAUGCAGAAAAGACGGAUAUUUCCAGCAGCACUUCAGAGAAAGCUAAAAACUGUUUAACUUACUAAUAAUAAUUCUGAUAUCUGAGCUGCACUGCUGUUCACAAACAAGGUGGUUUGAAUUGUACAGGUUUCAUAGACGCACAAAGCGUUUGUGUGUUCAGAGCCAAGUCUGAACAUGUCUGUCAAGUCAAGUCUGUGCCGAGUAAUUUGACAAACUCCAUCCUUCAGGCUUUCACGCAGCCAGAGUCAAUUUAACUUCUUUUGUGUGUGUCGAUAACUGAGGGCUUUGGAAUGACUUGUUUUAUGUAUUCAAUGAUAAAAUUCCAGUAAUAAUUUUGCAAUUCGAAACUAUUUGUCAUCGGAGAGCAAAUGCAGCCAUGUAGGAGGUGUUUUCAGAAAGGCUUUCUGUCUAAUAAAAAUUCUGGUAAUUCCUUUUUGUUUCGGUGUGACCGCCACCAAUCAGCUUCAAAUUUGACCAUGUUGAUGUUCUCACUGUAACAACCAUCUGAACUCCAAAGCCUAAAGUUUCUCUUUCUUAUACGUUCUUCACCUCGUUUAAUCACAGUUUUCUGUCUGUGUUAAUGUCCUCUCCAAAGUUUCCCUUUGUUUGUACACUGUCUGCUCAAUACCACAUGAUUACAUACAGUUGCCAU